GCUGGUCUGCACCCCUUUUGACACCGAAACGACAUUCGCCUCUCUGCAUCGCUUCCAUCCCGUUAGCAGACUAAAGUCAUGUUACACUGGGGAUACGAGGAAGACAACGGACCUACUCACUGGAAGGAAAUUUUCCCCAUUGCUGAUGGAAACCGGCAAUCUCCCAUUGAUAUUCAAACUAAAGAGACUAAAUAUGACUCCAACCUGCUUCCUCUCAGCCCCAGCUAUGAUCCUUCCUCUGCUAAAGUAAUACUCAAUAAUGGACACUCCACCAGUGUGGAAUUUGAUGACACUGAGAAUAAAUCAGUGCUAAGUGGGGGUCCACUCACUGGAAAUUAUAGGCUGCGACAAAUCCACUUCCACUGGGGAGCCAGUGAUGACAUUGGUUCUGAACAUGCUGUGGAUGGAGCAAAAUUCCCAGCAGAGCUUCAUGUGGUGCACUGGAAUGCAGGUAAAUACCCCAGCUUUGUUGAAGCUGCUCAGAAACCUGAUGGAUUAGCAGUCAUGGCUGUUUUCUUAAAAUUGGGUGAAUGCAAUUCACAACUGAAAAAAAUCACAGACCAACUGGAUACCAUUAAAGUGAAGGGUAACCAGCACAGGUUCACCAAUUUUGAUCCUUCCUGUCUGCUCCCUCAUUCACUGGACUACUGGACUUACCUUGGGUCUCUCACAGUUCCUCCUCUUCUUGAGAGUGUCAUUUGGAUCAUCCUUAGGGAGCCUAUAAGUGUUUGCUCUGAACAGCUGGCCAAAUUUCGCAACCUCCUGUGCACUGGUGAAGGAGAGCAUGCCUAUUGCAUGCUGAAAAACUUUAGACCACCACAGCCUUUAAGGGGUCGGGAAGUAAGAAGAAAUUAAAGGAAGGAUAAUUUGCUUGACACUGUUUUGGAUGCAAAACCCAUUUAAAAUAUUGCCCUUAUUCUUUUAAAAAAAUAUUUUAAUUUGAAGUGUGGUAAUGUUUUUCAUUUUUAAAUUGUAGGAAUUUUGAUGGAAAUACAGAAUAGAAUAGAAUAGAAUAGAAUAGAAUAGAAUAGAAUAGAACAUUAUUAUGAUCCCUGACAAUUUUGCCCCUACAAUAUAAAUCCCAAAUAAAAACCUAUGAGCUUGUAUAAAAUAACAGUAAAUGCAAAGUUUACUUUAAGUAGUGAGAUGAUAUGUAGAAAUAGAACAGGAACUAAAAUACUUAUAUCCAAUUCAGGAUAUAAAGUUUAUUUUAUUGAUACAAUAUUUUUGUUCAAUUAUUUGAUUCAUCUGUUUUAAAUAAUAGUUUUCUUGCAGUUUGACUAUGUUAGAAAGGCAAGAUACUCCCUUUUUAUUAAGAAUAUAAUUAACAAUGUAAGAAGUUAUUGGAUUGCAAUAUGAUAUAAUCAAUCACAUUUAUUCUGAAUUGAAUACAUCAAUAUUACAUUUAGUGGUCUGAAUGAACUUCAUGCUAUUAUUUGAUUGCAGUGUAGCAUGCUAAGUGUAGUGAUGAGGAUUCUAUAGACAUAAUUUAGGGUUUUUGAAUGAAAUUGACCUAACUAGGCAGAGGAUUAAAUGCUUUAAUCUUCCACUCAGGGAUUCUAAGCAUUUAUCAAAACAUCCUAGGAAUUGUUGCUCUGUAAAGAAACUCAAUAGGAAAUUAUUCAGCUAAUUAGACCAGGAAGCAAGAAUGGUAACAUACCGGUACUUAAAAAAUCCAAACAACUAACAAUAUAACAAUGGCAACAUGUUUGUUUUUUAAAUCUUUUUAUCAGUGAUAACAUGGGUUUUUGCCUCCAUUCAGAAGUGAAGUUUGGAUUGAAAUGUGUUUGUUGAAUUAUAUAAUCUGUAUGCUAAUUGGUGGGUAUUUGUAUAUAAGGCUGUGAAUGAUGGUUUGGAUAUGGCAUUGUUUAAAAAAACUAUGGAUCUUAAUAUUUUCAUGCUAUUUAAUUUCAUAAAAACAUUGUUAAGGAGUCAGAAGUAAUUUUGAAUCAAGGUAAGGAGUAAAUAAAUAUUAUUGGUCUAUGCUCUUAUGUUAGAUAUUUUUUUAAAAAAUUAUUGACAAUAAAUUAAGUU